CCCUGCCACCUCCCACGAGAGCACUCUCAUAAAUUCAGGCCUCCUAGUUUCCUUAUUGGGUUUUGUAUCUUCACUGCCUUCGGCUCCUCUCCAUUUUGCCUUUCCUCAGUUCCCAAUUGCAUACCCAAUUCAACUAUCACUGGGUUAAAGCUCACAGAAUCAUCACUUCUUUCCCCUACAAAUUAUAAAUUUCUGUUACACCAAUUAUAAUCCCUCCAUGCUUCACUUUUCUGGUUUUCUUCUUCGCCUUCUUCCUGUCUCAGUUCAUUGGUCUCAGAUCGCACUGUUUUUUUUUCUUGACCAGCGGUUUCAGAUCUCAGCGUUAGUCCUUGGGUUAUCUGCUAACAGCAGUUCGAUAUCAUAUUAUCAAUUCAACUUCAAGUCGGAACCUUUUCCGUAGAUUUUUGUAAAGCGCGUCUUUUCCAGAUUCCUAAGGAGCAUUGCUUGCCCACAAGAAGUAUUCUGAUUCCUUUAAAAUGCUUUCCGAUUUAUCCUUUAUAUUGUUCCAGUAAAAAUUAAGAAAAACUCAACCUCUUGCCAUUUCUUUCUGCUUCAGUGUCCUCCCCCCCCCCCUCUGUAUCUCCUCUGUCUUUGGAUUUCUGUUUCUAUGCCACUAUAGUUUGUGCUUGAAAUUCGAGGUGAUGAAGUGGGAAACGGGAAUAUUCUCACCUGGACAAUACAUCGCCAAUUCCAACACCAGCUGGAUUCUUGAAGAUAAUCGUAAUCCCAAAUGGACUCGUGCCGAGAACAAGCUCUUCGAAAAUGCCCUCGCGGUUUACGACACGGAUACCCCAGAUCGGUGGCAGAAAGUGGCUGCAAUGAUCCCGGGGAAGACGGUCAGUGACGUGAUGAAGCAGUACAAACAGCUUGAAGACGAUGUUUGUAACAUAGAAGCUGGCCUGGUCUCAGUUCCUGACUAUUACGCCACCACUCCUUCCUCAUCUUUCACCUUGGACUGUUGGGCCAACUCUUCUUCUGGGCACGAUCCUUCCCAGGGAUUCCAUGGAAAGAGAUCCUCCUCUGGAAGACCAUCUGAGAAUGAAAGGAAGAAAGGAAUCCCUUGGACCGAAGAAGAACACAAACUUUUUCUUCUGGGACUGAAGAAACAUGGGAAGGGAGAUUGGAGGAACAUAUCAAGGAAUUUCGUGCUGACUCGAACACCGACUCAAGUUGCUAGCCAUGCUCAGAAAUACUUCAUAAGGCAACUCUCGGGAGGGAAAGACAAGAGAAGAGCAAGCAUCCAUGACAUAACCACAGUGAACCUCACAGAAACCUCAAUCACACCACGAGACGCCACCAAGAAGUCGUCCUCUUCUUCACCGCCACAAAAUCCCAUGAACAUGAUGCUUUCAAACUCACAGGCGCAGCAGCAGAAUUCUGGAGUUUCCAGAACUCAGUUUCAGUGGACCCACCAACCAAUGGCUGCUCUGAGUAAUCCUGCAUAUGAUGAAGUGUUUCUGUCCGAUAUUUACGGGAUUGGUGACGACUUAUCAUCCUUUGGGUUUAGAAUGCAGGACCAGAAUCUGCACACAGGUGCUCUUCAUCAUCAUGAAUCUUCUUCCUACUUAGGGCCUCAUCACAGUCAAAACAUGGUUUUCCAGAUGCCAUGAGAAAGCGUUUUUAUUGUAUGAUUAAUGAUUAUCGUGAUCGAAGGCUAGACUGGUUGCAGUCAUUCUGUGCUCGUUGCUUUCCUCUGUAGUUUCCAUGUGAAUAUCUUACGCUAUUAGCAUAUUAGAAUUCAUGGUUUAUGCCUUCAUGACCUGAAAAAGACACAGAAAAUGUGCUUUUCUCGUUUAAAUAAAUCUCCUCAACUAGGGGUUUCCUUCGUUGCCAA